CCGCCCCUGCUGUAAACCAGGCAAACACCUACCCCUUAGCCGAGAGCUCUCCAGAAAGUUCUACAGCCGCCGUUAUAAAAGACAGACACAGCCAUCUUCUCUCAAACGUGAACUCGCUUUUCCUGACUGUCCGAGGGCUGGUAUCGUCAUAUUCCCUGCCGAGUCACCAUGGUUUACGAAACCGGCUACUACGACCUGCUGGGAGUCAGUCCAGGCAGCACACCAGAGGAAAUCAAAAAAGCCUACAGGAAACUAGCCCUCAAAUACCACCCGGACAAGAACCCCAAUGAAGGAGAAAAGUUCAAACUCAUAUCACAAGCAUAUGAAGUGCUCUCGGAUCCAAAUAAGAGGGACCUGUAUGACCAGGGAGGAGAACAGGCCAUCAAAGAGGGGGGCAUGAAUGGAGGGUCUUCUCCAAUGGACAUUUUCAACAUGUUCUUCGGUGGUGGUGGUCGGAUGCAGAGAGAGAGAAAAGGAAAGAAUGUUGUCCAUCAAAUCAAUGUAACACUAGAGGAAAUGUACAAUGGCUCUACAAGGAAGCUUGGGCUCCAAAAGAAUGUCAUCUGUGAGAAAUGUGAAGGUCACGGUGGUAAGAAAGGUGCCUUGGAAAAGUGCUCAAACUGUAAAGGAAGAGGAGUACAAGUCAGAGUACAGCAGAUUGGUCCAGGCAUGAUUCAGCAGAUCCAGAGCAUGUGCUCAGACUGUCAGGGACAGGGUGAGAAAUUCAACUCCAAAGACCGCUGCAAGAACUGCAAUGGACACAAAGUAGAACGAAAGAAGAAAAUCUUGGAAGUUCAUAUCGACAAAGGUAUGAAGGAUGGUCAGAAAAUAACAUUCCAUGGAGAAGGUGACCAGGAACCUGGCCUGGAGCCUGGGGAUGUGAUAAUUGUGCUGGAUCAGAAGGAUCAUCCUGAUUUCCAGAGACAGGAAGAUAAUUUAAUUAUGAAGAUGGACCUCAAACUUGUAGAGGCCCUGUGUGGUUUCAAGAAAACCAUUCAGACGUUAGACAACAGAACGUUGGUCAUCUGCUCGCACCCAGGUGAAGUCAUAAAACACGGUGAUGUCAGAAGUGUUCAGAACGAGGGCAUGCCACUCUACAGACAACCUUAUGAAAAGGGGCAGCUUAUUAUUCACUUCCAGGUGGAAUUCCCAGAGAAAGCCUGGCUUCCAGAACAUCUCAUGUAUCAACUGGAAAGACUUCUUCCUCCCAGGGAAGACGUAAUGACCACAGAUGACAUGGAGGAGGUGGAUCUCUGUGAGGUAGACGAGCGGACUCAGAGAAGCCACAGCAGAGAAGCUUACGAUGAAGAUGAGGAUCAGCCUAGAGCUGGAGUGCAAUGUCAGACUCAGUGAUUAUAGUCUCUGCAAACUGUUGAAGGGGAAUGUGGAGGGUUUUUGGUGUUCUUUUUUUUUUUUUUUUUUACUGUCUUCAUAUUCUAACACACAUUUUAAUCACGUACUGUUGGCAAUAUAUUUUUUCUGUACUCUUUUUCGAAGACACGUGUAUGCAAGUUCACUAUCCAUUUGUCCUCCAACAUGGUUCACACUGUAUUUAUGGUAACGUUCCCAUUAUUUAAGAUUCACAUUUUAUUUUAUGUAUGUUUCUAUGGAAAGCAAAAACCUAAACAUUUUCUUGUCAUACAGAAGCUGAAAUUAGUUUGUAUACUUUCUGUGAAGGUAAGUUCAGCCAUGACAAAACUUCAUUAUUUCUGAAUAAAGGUUGAAGGAAACAAAA